CCCUCCCUUUUUUUAAUCGCGAGGCGACUUGUGUUGCACGAGAGAUCAACAACAAAUAUGCUAACGUUAGCCUGUUAACAACAACAUGGGGCAGCAGCAAUUACCGGCUGGAGUUGUCCCUACUUGAAUCCCUUUGUGUGCAAUGGGUCGCCGCAAGUCCAAAAGAAAGCCUCCUCCUAAGAAGAAGAUGACAGGGGAUCUGGAAACUCAGUUCACAUGUCCUUUCUGCAACCACGAGAAGUCAUGCGAUGUCAAAAUGGAGAGAAGCAGAAACACUGGAAUAAUAUCGUGUACAGUCUGCUUGGAGGAAUUCCAGACCCCCAUUACUUAUCUGUCAGAGCCAGUUGAUGUGUACAGUGAUUGGAUAGACGCCUGUGAAGCAGCCAAUCAGUAGAAUUCAUGAAACUAAAUAGACAGAGUGCAGUUAAGUCCCGCCCACACUGAAGAGGAAAACCAUUCCUACCACCUCUGCUCAGAAAAAAACUGCCAAAUGCCCAAAGGCAGCAUUGUAGGUCUACAGGGUAAAGAACUAACUUUUUAUAAUCUGCCAACCCCCCCAAAAAAGAGCUGGCAUCAUCAAGAAGAAUUUGGGAAGGGGGGGGCACUAAUGAUGAGCAGAAUAGCCAACCAAAUGUCAGUUUGCAGGUACUGUGCUGCUAGCUAGCAUUAAUUCUCAAAACAGCUAACUAGACAUGCAUGCUAAAAUAAUCAUCUGAUAUCAAAAUCGAAUCAUUUUUAUAGCUAGCUAAAAAAAAAUCAAUUUGUUUUGGAUGAUUCUCAUAGAUCCCGUAGAGCCAUUCUUUUAAAAUAAAGUAUUUUGUGCUGAAAAAUUGCUUCCAGGUAUUUAGUUUUUAAGCUGCUAGAUAUAGUUAAAAAAUACACUCAAGAUUAUGCAAGAGAACAUAUUCAUCUUAGCAUCUGAAUAUUUGAAUAUGAAAAUUUUUAUCGUGAAAGAAACUGAAAAAGUUAGGUAAAUUUUAAAGUUGAGAACACUGAGUAUUAUUCCUACACUUUUUCUACACUCUAAUACAAGCAACACGAGUUAGUUUUCAUACAGUCUGGGUACAGACAAUCUUGAUGUUAGGAGAGUUCAGGCCAACUGCAGUGCUGGAUAAUAUCACACUGGAACAGCUAAUCAAGACCAGUCUGUGUGUGUGUUCUAAUCUAUAUUGAUAGCUCAGAUUAAAGAAUGAUAGUACAGGUUCUGUUCAUAAUACAGUCACCCAGACAGUUGUGUCACAGCAUUAGGUCAUUCCACUGUAGAGAGGAGCAAAAUGUUCAAGAUAUAUGCUGAGCUGCUAAGGUCAUAAGUUUUGAAAUGUCCUUAAUCCAUUCAGUGUCUCUGUUGAUUUUAUGUUUUUGCUCACUUGUUCAUGAAAUAAAAGAAUUUUAAGAAGAAUAAAUGAUCUUUUAAGAGGCAUGUAUGUACAGUAUUUUAAUGUCUUGUACAGUAUUUUGAUUGUUUGAAAUCAGUCAUUUAUGCUGAAUGAUUACUUUCCUACACAGCCUUCUGUUUAGGGUAUCAUAAAUCUGAGCUGUAUUGUUUAAUGUAUGCUUAAGUAAAUAUGUUUGAUUUUGAUUCUGUGGUAGAGACCUAAAGGUUACCUUAUCAUUAUUAAAAUCUUUACGCUCCACAAAUAUGAUGAAAAGAUUAAA